AUGAACAUCGCCUACAACUCCGCCUUGCGGCAAAGCAAGUCUCUCCGCGCAGAGCUCUCCAACCUCAACAGCAAACCUCAAGCUUCUCCCUCCGAAAUUGGCAACGUAUCCGCCUCAAUCGCUUCCUUCACGAAGACCCUCGAUGAAUAUCAAUCCCUCGCCCGUCAGGAAAUCGUUCCUAAGAAGCAAGAGGAGGGCUUGCAGCGAGUAAAGAAGUUCCGCGAAGAUCUCUCCGACUUUCGGACGCAAGUCGAUUCGUUGAAGAAAGUUCGUGAUGAUGCUCAGCACCAGGCAAAUCGCACAGAACUUCUUGGCCGGAGACCGUAUAAUGCUACACCCGAGAACCCUUAUGCGAACGCUACAACAACAAACACGCACUCUGCGUUCCAGCCUCGACACCCACCUCAAGCCAGCGCCUUGACAACUGGCUCACCAGAUGAGCAGCGCGAGGCACAUGCAUUUAGGGAGCAGAACUUCUUCGCAAACACAAACCAAGCGCUAGACGACUACAUUGCGCGCGGACAGGCUGUACUGGGCGAUCUAGGUCAACAGCGAGAGAUGCUCAAGAGCACCCAAAAGCGACUCUACAACGUCGCCAAUACCCUUGGCGUAAGCGGCGAUACGAUUCGUAUGGUUGAACGACGAGCGAAGGAGGACAAAUGGAUCUUCUUUGCGGGCGUCUUGAUAUUCUUCCUGUUUUGUUGGCUGGUGCUCCAUUUCUUGCGGUAG